AAAUAAAAUGCUAGUAUCACUUAGUUCGGAUCGCUUUCUGUGGACUGGAUCGCGGACUGUCAUUGCGCAAGUGCAGCGCAGACAUGAAUCUCUGCAUGCUCCCGAGUGUUGCGUAGUUACGUGUUUCCGGAAGACGUGGCGAUCGCUAAAGUAAUAACGGUGCGGCGUUUCGCCUUGAUUCAUGCUCACACGGAAGCAAGUUCAGAGACCGCAAAAAUGAUCUCCUUAACAGACUCGCAGAAAAUUGGGAUGGGAUUAACCGGUUUCGGCGUGUUUUUCCUUUUCUUUGGGAUGAUCCUGUUCUUCGAUAAAGCUCUUCUCGCCAUAGGAAAUAUCUUGUUUGUUGCAGGCUUGUCCUUUGUUAUUGGAUUGGAGCGCACUUUCAGAUUCUUCUUUCAGCGGCACAAAGUAAAAGCUACAAGUUUCUUUCUGGGAGGAGUAUUUGUGGUGUUGAUCGGAUGGCCGAUCAUUGGCGUGGUGUUGGAGAUUUAUGGCUUCUUCCUCCUUUUCAGGGGCUUCUUCCCAGUGGCAGUGGGCUUCAUCAGAAGAAUACCCAUUCUCGGGUCACUGCUUAAUCUCCCUGGUAUCAGUGGGGUAAGUGUGAUGAUUUUAAACAUUAGUACUGCAUUGGAGUUUCAGACAGAUAUCUAUGCUUUCUUAAAUAAAAAUAGAAAUUUCAGUAUGCUUUACACCUCUGGCUACACUUUGGGAUUUUGUUUGCCCUUUAUAGUCCUAAUUAUCACACUGUAUGAAAUAAUCUAUGCUCUAUUAGUCCACAUAAAGUUAUAUUUAUAUAACACGGACCUGUUACUUAUGGAUGUUUGAAUGCAGGACACAGCCUUUAAUAAUAAUUAAAAAAAAAAAAAACUAGAACUAUAUAACAGUAAAGCCAAAAGAUCACAUAACAAAGUACAGAGACUCUGCUGGAUUAUGUGCAGUAACAGUCCCAAGGAAUAAAAUGUAUCAAGUAAAAUACUGAAUCUUAUUUUGAGAUAUCAUGUCUCCACUGUGUAUAUCCUGCUUAACAAAAAGGCACUAAUGAAUGUGCUACAAUAGUGGCGUAAAUGUCAGUAUCGCCAGCUUGUGUGCUCAGACUACACUGCAGCUGCUAUCAGCUCCUUCUAUGUUUUUUAUCUUUAAAAAAAGCUGCUUUGUGAAAUGAAUGUCGGUUUGUUCUUACAUUAAUUACCAGAGCAGAGAGAAAUGAAUGAUCAUUCUCGCAGACCUGCAUUAUUUUGCAAUAACGUACCGUAUCGCUGUCAGCACAGAUCCUUUUGCUGACAAUAUCCAUAGUCACUGGUCAUUGACUCCUUUUUGUUAAACCGUGACGUCCCACUGUUGGUCUCCAGUUGCUUUGUACCAGCUUGUUUUGUAGUUUGCUAAAAUUCACCCACGCAGAAAUCUCCUUCUGUGAAAGCUUCAGAAGACCAGGCUUCACAUACUGACAGGUGUGGCGCAUGUAGCAGGUCAAUAAAACAAAUCCUAAUUGAAUAUAAUUAGUGACGAUUCAUGAUAACAGUAUUCUGAUCAGCUUAAUAAUUACCAUGAAUAUAAAGAAUCUCUCACUAAUCGAAUAGUCAUCUAAUCAGUUAGUUGAUCAUCGUAAGUCAAAUCUGAUGCAUUUCAAAGUCCUCUGCUUUUAUUGAUUGUCUUAAAAAUAUCACACACAUUAUAUACGUAACAAAUGAAGAUAAAUAAUGACUUUGUAUGUUUGUUUGUUU